UUGACAUCACAUUAUUUAUCAAUAUUAAUAUUAUAUACAAAUUAGAUUUAAAUGUUUUAUAUGUCGCUAUAAAGUUUUGGAAAAAAAAAUUGAUAUGAUGUCCACAAAAAAACUAGCACCAUUUGGAUCAAGUGGCGAAAGAUUUGGCAAAGUUACUCUUCAUCCUAGUUUAGACCCGAACGGAUUAUAUGCGAUACGAUGUCAGGGCUGUGAUCCAUGUUUGUACCAUCCUCAAAGUAUUAAUGAUAUAUAUCAAGUAAAUCGACAUAGAAAGAUCGACAAAGAUCCAUGGAGAUACAAAACAGAACUUGAAGAGUGGGCGAGAAAUCUAGGAUAUAGGAACCAAAAGGUUCUAGAUCAAAGGAAGUGGUUUAAUAGUUUACUUGGACCGGCUUGGCACGAAAUAGGCCAACCAACAAAGUAUGAACCCGCCUGCAAGAAUGUCGGUUUUGGUAGAACUCAAAGAUUUAAAACGAAGGUUAGCACCAAUGUACCUAGUCCAGGCACGUAUUAUAAAGCAGUUCCUUUUAAAGCAACACAUGGACCCCACUCAAGCAAACCUUCUUUUGAAAGAGAAGAACCCUGUCGGUUUAAAGACACGUGUCCCAAAUGGUCAUUAGCUCCUAACAGAUAUGUUAUCAUAGACAAAGAAUGUAUUGAACAAAAGUCUAAGAAAAUUGUAUCUUUAAGAGGCCCAUAUGAUCUUUUUACUGGCAUUCGUGAUGGUACAUCAAUAAAAAAUCAUUUUAACACGCAAAGAAUUAGUUCGGCAACAUGGCCUUUACAACUGAAAGGCAGCUUUGAAACAUACAAGAAAUCACAUGUAGGUAUGAUGAAUAAAACGAACCGAUCGAAGCCAUAUCGCGGACGAAAUGCCUUAGUAGAUAUUACAAUGUGUUAUAAAAAACCGCAAGAUCCAGGAUCAGCACAUUACAACAUUGACAAGCCCAAGAUUUUUAAGCAAAAUAAAAAGGGAUUUAAUAGUAGUUAUGAUAAAGGACCAGGAUACCAGAGGGUUAUUGUGUGGCCAGGUGUUGGGCGCUACUCAGUGAAACACGUUACUUGCGGUAUUAUCGGUCAGGGCCAUAAACAUGUGUUUAAAACAAACAACAGAGAACAAUUGGCGCCCAUCUGCCGCAACCAAUGAACUCUUUUUAAUGCCUUUGCCUUUAAUGAUUUGCCUCAACAACUUGGCAAAAUAAAAUGUUGAAGGGUAAAAUAAAAAACUCGGUUUAAAUUCAGUUUAUUGAGGAACAACUCUAAAAUUAGAUAAUAAAAAACAAUCUUAAAAGAGGAUACAGUUGCACAUAUAUAUUAAUAUAUAUAUUUAGUUUUGCUCCCCAAUUUUAUAUAACAUAUACUCUACUUAUACAAAUUUUAUUUGUACCAUUUUUAUGGACUAUGCAGUCUAAAUUUUGGUACAAAUUAAAUUUGUACACUUAUUCCCAGAAGUAUCACUUAAAAAUAAACUGUUCAUAUACUCUAAAUACUAAAUACUGUCGUAUUUUAAAUAAUGCCCGGUUCCUAUUUAUAAAAAAUGAUUGUUCUUACCACGUACCGUAUAUAUUUUAUACGGGACAUAUUCUUAAACUACUUCUAUAAAUAAUAAAUGUCACAGUAUUUA